UGCAAAAGAUUGUGCCUCCAUUCUCACCAUGCACUGGAUGAGACUAAAAGAGGGUUGGAUCCUCUGCAGUUCAACAUGUCUUAGGAGGACAAAAUUAUCUCUUGGGCAAAGAGGGCUGAAUGACCUGCUGUGGCCAUUCCUGUGGCUACAGGAACAGUCCUAUGAAUUUGAUUGAAAAGGUGUUUGGAGAUCCACAAGAUUCCUUAGACCCAUUUGGAGUUGUGCUAGAGGAAAGGGAAAGAAUGGAGACCCAACCUUCAGGAAGUGAAUUAACUGGAAAAGGCCCUCCUGCUGUUCAGCCUGGGAGCUGUGGGGAGUUCUGGGCAAGAACUGGGCAGGAGAUCCUGGAGGAGGAAACCAUCCGUUCAGAAGGUCAGCCCUGGGACUUCAGGAGCAUCCGAUAUCAGGAGGCUGAGGGUCCCCGAGGACUUUGCAGCCGACUCCACUACUUUUGCAGUCGAUGGUUGAGACCGGACAAGCACACAAAAGCGCAGAUGCUGGACCUGGUUGUGCUGGAACAGUUCCUGGCCCUCCUGCCCCUGCAGAUGGAGAGCUGGGUGCGGGAGUGCGGGGCAGAGACCAGCUCCCAGGCAGUGGCCCUGGUGGAAGGCUUCCUCCUGAGCCAGGCAGAGGAGCAGAAGGAGCAGGUCGAGUUGCAGCCCUUUGCUGUGGAGAUCAGAGAUGCUGAGGGAAGGAGGAAUCGAUCAAGUCCCCCUCAGGAGCUGUUUUUCAGGAGUUUCUCUCAGGAAGAUCCAAAUCAGGACACCUCAGGAGGGAAGAAUAGAAUGAAGUUGACUGUUCCCUGUGGUGGAGCUGGAACAGUGCUUGAACCUCCAACUCCAGAGGGCCUUGUGUCCUUCGAGGAGGUGGCUGUGUGUUUCUCCGAGGAGGAGUGGUCUCAGCUGGAUCCUCACCAAAAAGCGCUGCAUUGGGAAGUCACGCUGGAAAAUUGUAGGAACGUGGCCUCUCUGGCCUAG